GUCCUCUUCCUCCCUCGCCGCCGUCCGACUCACUGUCGCGCACCAGCAGCUCUGCGAAUAUUGCUUGUUGUAGAAUUUAGUGCGCUCUAGAUCACGAUGGGUGGCGCAGGAUGGCUCUUCCUCUUCUCGGUCCUCAUGGCCGCUGGACUCUUGUUUACCAUGGUCUUCUUCAUCAUCAUGUUCUCCGACCUCGAGUGCGAUUACAUCAACCCGAUAGACCUCUGUAAUAAGCUCAACCAGUUCGUCCUUCCCGAGAACAUCGCGCACGCGUUCCUCUCCCUGCUCUUCCUUCUGUCCGGCCAAUGGAUAGCGUUCCUCCUCAACGCACCCCUGCUCGCGUACAAUAUAAACAAGAUACGGGGCGGCAACCACAUGUACGACGCGACCGAGAUCUUCCGCACGCUCCCGAACCACAAGAAGGAGAGCUUCUUCAAGCUCGGGUUCUACCUCCUCAGCUUCUUCUACUACCUCUACCGGAUGAUCCUCGCGCUCAUCCAGGAGAGCGAGUGAGCGCCGGCACGCGUCACGCCACGUCUCUGCCACGAUUCACGCUUAUCACGACCUGUCGACGACUGCGCGGGGUGGGGGAAGGUGCUGCUGGUGCCGGCUGGUGCGGCGGAGGCGAGAGUAGGAGGGCACGGGGUGUACGAAAAUGGCGGAGAAGAGAGCGCGGGACGGGACGCUUGCACGCCCACUGAUCUAAUCUACGCGUACGUAGCUGCCAACGAUGCUUGUUUUCUUCUUUUCUCUAUCUCUCUUUGCGCUGACGGCGCGUGCGCUGUGUGUACUGCACUGGUAUUUCGCUGAUGAGGGGAGGGGUCUACACACAGCACCACAGCGUGUAACGUAACAUCUUCGCGAGCAAAGGUUUAUGUGGCAAUAGGACGCAUGUACACAGCAAUGGAUCUACG